CCUUACCGCCCGACGAGAUCAGCGGCAAACAUUCCAGCUGCUGCCAUUACUCGGCUGAUUUGGUUGAUCAACUUGAAAAGCAUCGUAGACCUCGAUCAAUAUUGUUUGGUAGCUCUCGUUGACACUCUCUUACCGGAUACCAGCAGGUAGUCGACCACACAUUCGUUUUCCCCAUUGAAAGUCAACAUGAAAUAUUCCGAUCUCCUGAAGUUGUAUGUGCCGGUAGUGGCUGUCUCGGUAAACGGCGCCGCAGCUGAUACGAAGUAUUGCGGUGCGCCCAAUGCAUAUGAACUCAUCUCGGGGACGCCUUGGAUUGUGUACUCAAUGAACUACAACUACCAAUACAUCAACGGAUCCUGCUGCACAGCUUUCUCCACCAUAACCGGGUCGGGCGAUAAUCAAACGAUUGAUUGGAGCAGCAUCUGGGACAUCGACGAAUCAGUCAACACGAACGUAGUCAAGGGAUACUCUUUCAUUGGCUUGACGCAGAACCUAGAGACGAAGCUGAGUGCCAUUUUGAGUAUCCCGAGCACGUACGCUUGGACUGUUUCAAACACUACUGCCUACAAAGGCAACGUAGUAUACGACUUCAUGACCUCCGACACAAAAGGCGACUCCACAUCUAGCAAUGCACAAGAACUGAUGCUCUGGAUCGCCUAUGAGGGUGGCCAAGUGCCCAUCGGAUGGUCCGACGGUCCUGUCGCCACCAUCGACGGCCUUUUCGGCAAGGACGGGUGGGAAUUAUACCAGGGAGUCAACACGGAUACGGGCAUCACCGUAUCGUCGCUACUGGUACCGGAGAACGACCAGUUCAAGGGGAACUUUGAGGGCGAUAUCAAAGACUGGCUCUUGGCGCUCUCAAAGCAGGGCGUCUUCAGCACGACUACAUAUGUCAAUGUUGGGAAUGCGGGCAUAGAGCCGUACUGGGGUACGGUGAUGUUUGAUAAUAGUCUGGCUUUGCGGAUUGAUUUGUAGGCUGGUAGAUCGAAGGCCUUUUAGGUCACUGUAUUCAUAAGGCCUAGGGUUACACAGAACAGUGUGGGCAAUACAGGCAACAAUGUUGGUUGUAUUGGCGAUGAUGAUGGAACCAAGUCCCAAAGGCUGCAGCUACGGGAGGUAUAUCUAUGGGAAUUGGCCCAGGCGCUGCGCCCAGCAUAUAGGUGG